AUGAUGACUUCACCUUCACCAGUUAAAAACAUUGUAGCUAAAUACCUAGAAACAUUAAACAAUGAUGAUACUACCAAUAAUAGCAGAAGUCCACUUCAACCUUCAUCUAAAGUAAACACAGUUACAAAAUCACCAUAUAAACUAAAGGAUAAUGAUUUGGAUACUUUAGCAAGACAAUUAAAUAUACCCACCAACAUGAACGAACAAUCACCAACUAAACUUUGGAGAGCUAAAUUUGAACAACCUUCAGUCACAAUUUCUGCAUUUAAACAUAGUCCUCAGAACAAUAACAGCAACAAAUCAUCUACAAGUAGUCAUAAUAGUAAUCCUGAUUUUGAAAGAACAUCAGAUGAAAGUCCAAGUUGGGCCAAUAAGAACUAUAAAGAUAUCUUAAAUAAAUCACCCAAGAAAAUGAUUGAAAAUGCUGGUGCUUUAGCAGCCGCUGCUGCUGCUGUUGCUAAUACUCCUGGGAAAUUACGUCCAUUAAGAGAUCCAAUACAAACUCCAUCCAAAAAUUAUUCGUCAUCCCCAAAUACCACUACUAGAAAAGCAGUUCCACCAAGACCAUAUUUGAAUUCUCCAAGUAAUAAUUCCUCAAGGGAUUCUGCAGGAUAUGAAUAUUUAUGUCGAAUUGAAGCAAUUAGAAGAUGGUUAGAACAAGUCUUACAAGAACGAAUCAUCCAAUCACCAGCUGAAUUGAUCUCAUAUAUCAGAAAUGGAAUUCAUUUAGCAAAAUUAGCAAAUAUUAUAUUACCUACUCAAAGAAAAGUAUUCUUAAAUGAUUCAAAAUUACAAUUUAAACAUACUGAAAAUAUCAAUCGAUUCUUUCAUUUAUUAGAUUUUUUGAAUGUGCCUGAUUUAUUUCGAUUUGAGUUAACAGAUUUAUAUGAUGCUAAAAAUGUCCCCAAGGUUUGGUUUUGUUUACAUGCAUUGAGUUAUAUUUUGAAUAAAACAUCUGAUUUAGAAGUACCCAAAAUUGAAUCAUUGGUGGAUAAGUUAGAUUUUGAUGAUGAUGAUAUUAGAACUGCCAAUAGGGCACUUGUAGGGGCACCAUUACCGAAUUUUUCAAGUGCUGAUACUGGUGAAAGUGACGAUGAAUCGGGGAAUACAUAUAUGACAAAAGUAGCACCUUCUCCAACUAAGAAAAUAACAAUCAAUACUCCACUGCCAAUCAAGAAUCAAAUAACCCCAUCUUCAAUCAAAAGACAACCAGAAUAUGAUCCAUUUAUUGAUCACAACACACCCACAAUCACAAAACAAGCAGAAAUCAAACUAUCCCCAAUCCAACUCCCACCACCAAUGUCCCCACCACCAAAAUUCGAACUUCCAAUUCCUUCUCCAAUCAUAGAACGAGAACCCACACCACCACCCGCCACUCAUCCAGAACUCGAAAAACAACUCAUAAAUAUCAUAAAAAUCCAAGCCCUCUCAAGAGGGGCAAAUCUCCGAUAUAAGAUGUUUGCCAAUAAAAUCCUCCUAAAAUCCUACCAAGAUGAAUUCACUACCUUGUUUGCGAUAAUUAGAGGAAAUAUGUCUCGUUGUAAAUCAGUGCAUCGUCAUCGUGCGGAAUUGAGAAUAUAUGAGGAUGAAAUUGUGGGAUUACAGCUGAUUAUCAGGGGUGGAUUUUUGAGAAAAGAAAAGCCUGAGUUUGAUGUUGGUGAGAUGGGUAUUGUGGGAUUGCAGAGUGUUAUGAGGGGAAAGAUUGUGAGAGAUGGGGUUGGGGAGAAGAUAGCCAUGUUGAGGGGGGCUGAAGAUGAGGUAGUUGAUUUGCAAUCGUUGAUUAGAAGGAAGGAUGUUUGGAAGAAUUCAAGCAGAUUGAUUAAGAUUGGUAACGAAUAUAUUGGACGUAUUGUUGAAUUGCAGUCAGUUGCUCGUAGGAGAAUAUAUGAAAGGUUUGCAGCUCGGGUUUUUAUUGAUGAAAAGGUGAUUAUUGGAUUACAAUCGAUUAUUAGAAGGAAUUUGAUUAUUAAUGAUAUAAACGAAAAACACUCCCAGAUUAGAAACAACAAACGAUCAAUCAUCGAACUUCAAAGUAUUGCAAGAGGAGGAAUUUCCAGAACUCAAGUCUGCAACAAUGUUUUAGUCACAUUAAUCUACGAAGAUGGGAAAUUAAACAACCUAUAUGCAAAAAUCCGAGGCAACAACCUCCGUCGCAGCAUCUCCCUCCAAAAACAACAACUCUACCAUUAUUCCCCACAAAUCCUCCAACUCCAAUCCAUGUUCCGAGGAAUCCUAUGCCGUUUCUCCCGAGAAAUAAAACUCGACGACAUCUAUACCCAUAUCUCCCCAUUAAUCCGUCUCCAAUCAAUCGCCAGAGGAUCCAUCCAACGUCGUCAAGUCGCCCAACUCCACCAAUACUACCAUAACAACGUUGAUAAAGUCAUUCACGCCCAGGCAUUGCUUCGUCGAGCAUUGGCCCAAUCAGCAUACAAACAACUCAUCAACACCAAAAACCCAUCCCUUUCAAUCAUUCGCAAAUUCGCACAUUUAUUAUCUGCCAGUGAUGGGGAUUAUCGGGAUGAAGUCGAGCUCUCACAGGCUCGUGAUAUGAUUAUUGAAAGCUCAAAGAGGAAUGAAGAAUUAGAAGGUCAGAUUGAGGCGUUGGAUAUUAAAUUGAGUUUAUUGGAUCGGAAUAAGAUCACAAUUGAGGAAUUUGCCAUGCCGACAACUACGAGAUUUAAUAAGAAGAUGGGUACUAUUAAGAAUUCAGGUGGGAAGUAUGUGGGGGCUAAUAAGUUAUUAGAUCGGUUGAAUAAGAGUUCAAGACAACGGAUUGAAUUGUAUCAGACAUUGUUUUAUUUAUUACAAACCAAGCCGGAAUAUUUUGCGAGGUUGUUUAAUUCAUUGGAUUAUAGUCAGGUUGAUUCUAGGUUAUGUUCUGAUUUGAUUAGUAAUAUUAUUCAAUUGUUUCCUAACAUUGCUAUGAAUGGGAGAUCGAGAGAAGAGUUUUUUUAUAUGAUGUUAAUUAUGGAAUUAAUGAAGGGAGAUAUUGCUCGGGCUAGAAAUAGUGGAGAUAUUACCAAGACUCAAUCGAGUUUUUGGAUUGGUUUCUUUUUGAGGUUCAAUAAUCAUACUAGACAACGACAACAACUUAAAGCCAUAACUGGAAGAUUCGUGGCUAGGAUAGUUGAUCAAGAAGAAUUAGAUUUCGAAUCAGAUCCAUCUAUAAUUCAUGCAAGUUUAUUAGAUCAUGAAACAAAGAUUCGUGGACAUCAUACCGCUGAAAUCUCACCUCAAGUAGCAAUCAAGAUCCCACAAGUUUCAUCUAAAUUUGUCAAUAACUUAAUGUCUCUCCGUGAAGCAGCUACAGAAAUGAUAAAUAUCAUUGGAUCAAACCUCACCCAAAUCCCAAUUCAUGUCAGAUUAAUCUGUAAACACGCCUACGAACAAUCCAAGAUCCAUUUCCCAAACAAAUCCGACCACCAACACCUAGCAGUCGCAGGAGUCAUCUUCAUCAAACACUACAUCUCCACCAUCCUAAACGUACCCGAAAACUUCGGAAUCAUCCCCAAAGAUCCAUUCAACCCACGAGUAUCUGCCAACACCAAACCAAGGGAUAAUUUACGUCACUUAAGUCGGGUCUUACUUCAAUUAUUCUCAAUGAAACCAUUUUCAGAUAAUUUUUUAAAACCAUUAAACGACUAUAUCGCCACAUCUUCCGAAUCCAUCCAACACCUAAUCCAUGAAUUGAUUGCUGUUAGGGAUAUAAAACAUGAAUACAACUUGAAUGAAUAUGUCGAUAUAGUAAAUCGUGAUCGACCAGAACUUGUCAUAAAAAUAACCACCUUGAUAUCAUUGGAAAAGACCGUAUCCCAGAACAUCGACAUCAUGGCCCCUGGGCCAGAUGAUCAAUUGUUGAAGGUUGUGAAUGAGUUGGAUAAUUUAGUAGGAUCGCCCCAGGAUUUGGUGACGUUGAAUGAUUUGGGAUCAAUUGUGUUGAAUUUGAAUCCGAUUACUAAUCAAGAGUCGAUGGUUGAUUAUAGGGCCAGAACGUUGUUUAUGCAGGUGAAGAGGUGUGUUUUGUAUAUUAUUAGGAUUCAGCAGGAGAGUAAUGAUUUAUUAGAGUUGUUGAUUUCAGGGAUUAGACCAGAACAUGAAUUGAUGUUUAAGAAGAUUGUGGAGGAAGAAGCUAGAGAAUUGGCGGUUUCGGAUAUGAAUAGGAAGAAGAAACCAUAUUAUCAAACUUCACUUGGUGAUCUAUCUAAGAUUACUUAUCAUGAUUUGAAAAAGAUGGCACUUGAGAAUCUCCUUCAAUUAGAAUCAAUGGGUGAAUUAACCAGAAAGAAUUCAUUCCAAGAAGUAUUGAAUCAAAUUGUACUUGAUAUCAAAACCAAGAAAAUCCAAAGAGAUAAUAGACGGGAUCAAUUAUUGGUAGCAACUACAACUGCCACUAAAUUGGCGGAAAAGGAACAAUUCUUAAAGAAACAAUUAAACGAUUAUAAUAAUCACAUAGAUACGAUCCUUACCCAACUCCAACUGAACAAAAAACCACAUGAUAAGAAAUUAUUUAAUAUAAUUCCAAUUUUUAGUAAACAAUAUUUCUAUCAUCGUGAAUUACGUAAGAGGAAUAGAUUACCCAGGUUUGGAUCAUAUAAAUAUUCAGCAAAGAAAUUAAUGGAUCAAAAGAUUUUAAUCAAUUUUGGAGGAUUUAUGAUGAAUUUCUCCGCCAGAACUUCGAAAUUGGAUUUCAUGUUUAGUUGUCAUAGUGUCGGUAGGUUUACUAUUGAAGCUGCUAGUGGAUCGGUGGCUAUCCCUGGGGCAUCUACUGUUAUUACAUUGGAUGAGUUGAUUAAUUUACAAUAUGAGAAUAAGAAGAGAGUGGAGAUGUUUGAUGGAAUGGCGGUGUUUGAUUCUGAUAAUUUUAUGGGAUUGAUCUUUAGAAAGUUUUAUGAUAUAAAGAGAGAUUAA